AUGCCGGAUUCGGAAAUCAGAAACCUCCUCGUCAUCGGGGCUCAGACUGAGUUCAUCAGGCAGACCAAAUGUUGGAUUCUGGGUAGACUAUUCCGGGACCUUGAUGCUGCCGUGGACAGCGAAAUGGACCAGAACGAAGGCCCGCACAUUCCCGCUUUGGCAUCACCACACAAGCCGGAAGGCCUGCCAGCACCCUCUCUGUCGAAAAAGGACAAAAGCGGCCAGAAAAUCUGGGAGCCACUGAGGGUCUCGGUCUGGCGAAUUGUCCAAGAUAAACAUCAUGUCAAUGGACUCCCUUCUAUUGAUUGGGUUUGGGUUAUCGGCUGGAUAACUAUUGCGGUGCAGCUCAGCGUUUCUAUAGUCCCCUGGGCUAGCUCCGAGGACGCAAAAUGGCAACCAUUCAUGAUCACUGCUGCUGGAACUCUGAUUGCCCUCAUUCAUGGAUCUUUGCCGUAG